CUAAAAUAAACAAAUCUGAAGGUAAGGAAGAAAUGCAAUUGGGCUUGGGUUUAACACAUGGUGGGCAUGACCCGGUUCAUGAGGGGGAAUCGAUGCUUCUCCUGCCUCCUGUACAAGCAGACCUGGUUGCGGUGAGCCCCCUAGGAGGGAGCGUUGACCCCUGUCUCGGAGAUGGCAGCCAUGGGAGCCGGCGGAUUGCAGAACCGGGAAGCUGGGUGAACCGAAGUGCUGGGACCGCUGGAGAUGGGGUUGUCGCCGGGGCUGGACUUGCCGGUGAGGCGGGGGAUUCGGAGUGCCGACUGGCUCCUGUGCAGCGCCCUAAUGACCUGGCUAUGGUGAGGCCCGGCCGAGAGCAUGCGGACCACCGUCUUGAAAGUGGCGGCAAUGGGACUAGGCGACUUGCAGCCGAGGGAACACCCUUGACCCGCAGUGCUGUGAACGAUGGAGAUGGUGGAUAUGGCGAAGGUGAGCUCGUCAAUGGUGAGGCUCUAUUGUCUGGCCAUGUUAGGCAUGAUGGAACAGGGCGCGGUGCGAUACGGCAGGUGGUUGAAGCAAGCUCCGGUGGGAAGGGGCAGGAUGCUGUGGUGGACGGCAUGCGUGACGAGACCCUGGCCCAAGAUAACGAUGUGAUAUCAGGGUGUAGGAAACAUGAUGUAAACAAUGUCGGGCUGGGGAAAGGACGAGUGCAUGGCCUGGACCAGGGUGAUGGAAGUGGGGCUGUUGGAAGGGCAGUGGACGGUUGCAGAGGCGCUGGACCAGAGCAGGGUGACGAUGAGCAAGGGGACGGAGAUAGUGACUGUCAAUGCAUAGAGGACCAGAUUCUGGAGAACAAAUUGACUUGGGAGCUGGCAAGAGAAUCAGGGGAUGUGCUAUGCAAUGAUGAAGACGAUAUAAUGGCAAUCCUACAGGCACAGAAUGAAGAAAUAGCACGGAAGAGGAAAGUGGCUAAACAAAAGGCUAAGAUGAGGCGGUGCAGACCUAAAACUCAAAAACAGGUGCUACAAGAAGGAAUGCUUUCGGAGGAUGUCACUAGCUACAGCUUCACAAAGACCAUCUGGAAAGGUCUGGUUCCGCCAAGAGUAGAGUUGUUUGCUUGGUUUGUCCUGGUAGGCAGGGUGAAUACCAAGGAACGGCUAAGACGCUAAGUCAGUUCGGGAUUAUAAGUAAGGACGAUACGAGUUGUAUUUUAUGCACUAAGGAUGUGGAGCAGGUCGAUCACUUGUUUCUUGGCUGUGAAUUUGUUUGGCAGGUGUGGAGUGCUUGGGUAUCUGUCUUUGACCGGCCCUGGGCUUUCCCGAGGGCGAUGAAGGACCAUUUUUUAAAUUGGACAAAGGAGCCGCGUGGAAAAGAGGCUCAAAAGCAGCGUCUGAGGUGCUUCUGUGCGAUCAUCUGGUACAUCUGGUUGGAGAGGAAUAGGAGAAUAUUUCAGAAUCAAACCAAAGGCGUAGAAGACAUUUUCACACAACCAUGCUCAGCUACGAGUGGAGUGGUACCACGUCCUAGUGUUGAUGGCUUUGCCGGAGAGGACACGUGAAUCUCCUUUCUUUGGUUGUUGGUACUUCUUGGAGUUGCUUUCUUUUUGUGUUGUUUUACGCUGAUUGCUCCACCGAGUGUGUUGAGCUCUUUAGUAUUCAAAAAAAAAAAAAAAAACAAAGAAAAAGAAAAAA